UUCUCCCAGGGGCACAGAAUAAAUGAAUGACAACAACAAGUAAAUAUAAUUCUGCUCUUCAAAAUAGUAUUCAGGUUGACUGACUUCUUUUUUUUUUUUUUUACCUGCUCCCAAAAUUACUCCAAUGAUUUAUUAAUUUAUUAUUUAUUAAUAAACAAAUUUUAUCUCAAAAUAUUAAAACCUCUUGAAAUAUUGUAUCUUUAUUCUUAAAACAUUGCAAUUUUUUAUUUUGAAUUUUUUUAUUACAACUUUAUUGUCAAAAUACUGUGAUUUUUAUCUCAAGUUUUUUUUAACUUUAUUCUCAGAAUAUUGUACUUUUCUCUUUUGCUUGUAAUAUAUGAACAUAUUCUAGAAAUAGUACUUUUUUUCUCACAUCAUUUUCCCCCUCAAAAUAUAUGACCUUUCUGACCUUUUGAAAUAGUACAGCUCUAUGAAAAGAUUUUCUACUUUAAUACUUAUAACUUAUACUUAUAACUUGAAAUAACUUUUUAUUGUGCAACUCAUUCUAGAUAUAUUAACACUUUUUUAAAUCAAAAUAUUGAGUCCCUUUCUGGAAAUAGGCUAUUAUUUUUUUGACAGAUAGCCUAUAUUUUUUAGAUUAACUUCCUCCUUCUUGAUAUUGUCCAUUGGGAAAAAAAAGGAGAACUGAAUUGAGAGUGUCUCAUCAUUUAAAUUAUUUCCCUUUGGCGGAAAUGAGCCUCCAUACAUUACUCCGGAAUAGAUCCAGAUGUGGGUUUGGUGGUUCCUUCCUCUCAAGUUUCCAGGGCUUCAGCCUGGAUCUUCUCCCCGGGCUUGGUGCUCUCGAUAGUUCGGGCUCGGUUUCAGCUUCAGCUUGAUUACCUCAUUAAUUCAUAGAUCCACCUUAAAAACUGUAUAAUCCCGGGCUGGUCCCUCCCUCCCUCACUCUCUCGCGGUCUCCAGCACCAGUUCACCUCCCUCUGUCAGUUCCCCCAGCUCACCAGGAAAAGACGCUGGUCCGGACGUUGGGUCUUUUCUCUGGUCCUGUUUGAAUGUGUCGGACCCCCCCCUCACCCCCCUCUCCCCCAGUCCCACCCACCGCUCUGCAACACAUACACACUACCAGUGCUCAUUUACUGGAUCUGCUCUUUGUUAUCAGAGCGUUUCCCUCCUCUGCUUUUUAUUUCAAGAGAGAGGGGGGAGUUUAUUUUCCCUUUUACCGGAUUGAUUUCUGACUGAAUCUGGAUCUGGUUUGUUUUCCUUCCUCUGGGCAGCCGCUGCAGGGACCAGAGCCGACGCUUCGGCGAACGUAAUUACAGUCAAAUAAACUGGUUUAAACGUCGGAACAAAGGAACGGUGAAGAUUUCCCCCCUCACCCGGUGUGUCAAUCAUUUUUCCCCACCGCAGUUGUCAACUUGGAGCCCUGGCGGGAAAUGGACAAACCCCUUUAAACUGAAGACGCUGCUCGCCGCUCACCAAACACAACCGCAGGACGUGAUUUGGACGAGGAUCCCCGGAGUGGAGCGACAAACCAGAGGACCAUGUUUACUCCCGUUUCCAUGAUAAACAAGAAGAGCACGCACGCCCAGGUCAGGAGCUAACGUCAGUGUCCGUCUCCUCCGCCUGCAUCCUGUGAGAACUACACGACCCACAAUUCCUGUGAACCGACGACGCAAUUUAGAUUAGAUUAACAAAGAAACUCAAGAGGAACAACAGCUACAACAACUCCACCACAAAACUUCUGUGAAGAGGACCAAUAUGGCCAACAACACGGCAGACCACCCUCCGGGGAAUUCGGUUGCCGAGGGCAACCAUGACGGGGACUUUGGCGUAGCCGUGACGGAUCUGAGGGGCCUGAUGGAGCUGCGGAGCGCCGAGGCUGUCAACAAGAUACGGGACACGUACGGAGACGUGCAGGGCCUCUGCCGCCGCCUGAAAACAUCACCGAUAGAAGGUCUGUCUGGUAACCCCGUCGAUCUGGAGAAACGUCACACGUCGUUUGGAAAAAACUUCAUCCCGCCCAAGAAGGCCAAGACGUUCCUGCAGCUGGUGUGGGAGGCUCUGCAAGAUGUCACGCUUAUAAUCCUGGAGAUCGCUGCCAUCAUCUCGCUGGGCCUGUCCUUCUACCAUCCACCCGGGGGUGACACUGAAGCAUGUGGCGAGGUCGCAGGCGGUGCCGAGGACGAGGGCGAGGCUCAGGCUGGCUGGAUCGAGGGUGCCGCCAUCUUGUUCUCGGUCAUCAUCGUUGUCCUGGUGACGGCCUUCAACGACUGGUCCAAGGAGAAGCAGUUCCGUGGACUGCAGAGUCGCAUCGAGCAGGAACAAAAGUUCACCGUCAUCCGCAAAAGCCAGGUCAUCCAGAUCCCCGUGGCCGAGAUCGUGGUGGGAGAUAUUGCACAGAUCAAAUACGGAGACCUGCUGCCUGCUGAUGGGAUCCUGAUCCAAGGCAACGAUCUGAAGAUUGACGAGAGCUCCCUGACCGGAGAAUCCGACCAUGUCCGCAAGUCUCUGGAGAAAGACCCCAUGCUGCUGUCCGGAACCCACGUGAUGGAGGGAUCGGGCAGGAUGGUGGUGUCAGCCGUCGGCCUCAACUCUCAAACCGGCAUUAUCUUUACUCUCCUGGGUGCCGGUGAGAGCGACGAAGAGAAGAAGGUCAAGAAAAGUAAAAAACAAGGACCCACUGAAAAUCGCAAUAAAGCCAAGACCCAGGAUGGCAUCGCCCUGGAGAUCCAGCCGCUGAAGAGCGAGGAGGCCGCCGAGUCAGAUGAGAAGGAGGAGGUGAAACCGGUGAAGAAGGUCAACGUGACAAAGAAGGAGAAGUCAGUGCUGCAGGGCAAACUGACCAGGCUGGCUGUGCAGAUUGGGAAGGCUGGUCUGAUCAUGUCAGCCGUGACCGUCAUCAUCCUCAUCCUCUACUUUGUGAUCGACACCUUCGGGAUCCAGGGUCGGUCCUGGGUGGCUGAGUGCACCCCCAUCUACAUCCAGUACUUUGUCAAGUUCUUCAUCAUUGGCGUGACAGUGCUGGUGGUGGCUGUUCCUGAGGGGCUGCCGCUUGCUGUCACCAUCUCUCUGGCCUACUCUGUCAAGAAAAUGAUGAAAGACAACAAUCUGGUGCGUCAUCUGGACGCCUGCGAGACCAUGGGCAACGCCACGGCCAUCUGUUCGGACAAGACGGGCACACUGACCAUGAACCGGAUGACGGUGGUGCAGGCGUACAUCGGCGACACACACUACAAAACUGUCCCUGAACCAGAUGUCAUAAAACCAGAGACUCUGGAAGUGAUGGUCAACAGCAUCUCCAUUAACUCGGCAUACACAACAAAGAUCCUGCCUCCCGAAAAAGAAGGCGGCCUCCCCCGCCACGUGGGCAACAAAACCGAGUGUGCUCUGCUGGGCCUGGUGCUGGAGCUGAAGAGGGAUUACCAGCCAAUCAGAGACGAGGUCCCCGAAGAGAGCCUCUACAAGGUUUACACCUUCAACUCCUCCCGCAAGUCCAUGAGCACAGUGCUGAAGAACGCUGACGGAGGCUUCCGCAUGUACAGCAAAGGAGCGUCAGAGAUCGUCCUGAGGAAAUGCUCUCGUAUCUUGGAUGCCCAGGGUCAGCCUCGCGUCUUCAAGCCGAAGGACCGCGACGAGAUGGUGCACAAGGUGAUCGAGCCGAUGGCGUGCGACGGGCUGAGGACCAUCUGCGUGGCCUACAGGGACUUUCCCGCCGAGGCCGGAGAGCCAGACUGGGACAUCGAGAACGACAUCCUGAACGAGCUCACCUGCAUCGCCGUGGUCGGCAUCGAGGACCCCGUCAGACCUGAGGUACCUGAGGCUAUUUCUAAGUGCCAGCGUGCAGGCAUCACCGUACGCAUGGUUACUGGAGAUAACAUUAACACAGCCCGCGCCAUUGCAACCAAGUGUGGCAUCCUGCUGCCCGGGGAGGAUUUCCUGUGUAUGGAGGGCAAAGAGUUCAACCAGCAGAUCAGAAACGACAAGGGAGAGGUGGAACAAGAGCGUCUGGACAAAGUUUGGCCCAAGCUGCGCGUUCUGGCUCGUUCCUCACCGACAGACAAACACACUCUGGUCAAAGGCAUCAUUGACAGCACGGUGGGUGAAACCCGACAGGUGGUGGCAGUGACGGGAGACGGCACCAACGACGGGCCCGCCCUCAAAAAAGCUGAUGUUGGCUUUGCCAUGGGAAUUGCCGGCACAGAUGUUGCGAAGGAAGCGUCUGACAUCAUAUUAACUGACGACAACUUCACAAGCAUCGUCAAGGCCGUGAUGUGGGGGAGGAACGUCUAUGACAGUAUCUCUAAAUUCCUGCAAUUCCAACUGACUGUCAACGUGGUGGCUGUGAUCGUGGCGUUCACCGGCGCCUGCAUCACACAGGAUUCCCCUUUGAAGGCCGUCCAGAUGCUCUGGGUGAACCUCAUCAUGGACACUCUGGCGUCUCUCGCUCUGGCCACCGAGCCGCCCACCGAGUCUCUGCUGCUACGUAAACCCUACGGCCGCGACAAGCCGCUCAUCUCUAGGACCAUGAUGAAGAACAUCCUGGGCCACGCCGUGUACCAGCUCGUCAUCAUCUUCACCCUGCUCUUCGCUGGUGAGAAGUUUUUUGACAUCGACAGUGGCCGCAACACUCCCCUGCACUCGCCGCCAUCAGAACACUACACCAUCGUGUUCAACGUGUUUGUCAUGAUGCAGCUCUUCAAUGAAAUCAAUGCCAGGAAGAUCCACGGAGAGAGGAACGUGUUCGAGGGCAUCUACAGGAACCCCAUCUUCUGCAGCGUGGUACUGGGCACCUUCGCCCUGCAGAUCGUCAUCGUUCAGUUCGGAGGGAAGCCGUUCUCCUGCACGGCUCUGACCAUUGACCAGUGGCUGUGGUGUGUGUUCAUCGGUGUGGGAGAGCUGCUGUGGGGACAGCUGAUCUCGGCCAUCCCAACUCACCACCUGAAGUUCCUGAAGGAGGCGGGUCACGGCAUCACGAAGGAGGAGAUCCACGAGGAGGAGCUGACGGAGGGCGCCGACGAGAUCGACCACGCCGAGAUGGAGCUGAGGAGAGGCCAGAUCCUCUGGUUCAGAGGCCUGAACCGCAUCCAGACGCAGAUGGAUGUGGUCUAUACCUUCCAGACAGGCCAGGCGGCGGUGCCAGGUGCCCUGCGCCGCCAGCCGUCCGUCGUCAGCCAGCACAAUGACAUUAAGGUGGUCAACGCGUUCCGUAGCUCCCUGUACGAGGGGCUGGAGAGCCCAGAGUCCCGUAGCUCCAUCCACAGCUUCAUGGCCCAUCCCGAGUUCGUCCCCCUGUCCGAGGAGGAGGCUCGCAUCCCCCCCAUCGAGGAGACCGGAGAUGAGAUCGACCCCCUCCCCAGUGCCUCCUCUGGGGCGAGGGGAGGAGGAGAGCCACCCAGCGUCUUCCCCCACAGCCGCGAGUCAUCCAUCUGAGCUGCUCCUCCUCCCUCCUCCUCCUCAUUCUUCCUCAUCAACAUCCUAUGUGUCAUUCCACCAACUGAACUGUCGCACUGAGGGGGGAAGUCAUCACUCUGCUCAUCCCCUCAUUCUGCACGCACACAUGCUUCACAUCGUCUUCGCGCCCCCCCCCCCCUCUCAAUUAUUCCUGCCACGUUGUGUUUUUCAUACUGACUGUGGCGUUGUUCUGCCUGUAAGUUUGGAAGGCCUGUUCUUUUGUCCAUCCGUGUAUAUUUUUUACUUGAUAAUCCUUUUGAAAAGCUUUUAAACCAUUUUGGGUUCGAUCCUUGUGGGACUCGCAGCAGCAUGUCUUUGUUCUGUACUCGCUUCAUUCCUGCGUAACGUUCUCAAAAACAGCACCGAACUUUUCAAAGAGUGCAGUGAUUCUCAUGUACAUACGCUUCCGCUCUUCUACACAGCUAACAGCCGGGUUUGGUGAUCAGAAGAUUUUUAGGCAAAUGCAAAAAUGUAACCUUUUUUUUGUUUGUUUUCUUUUGUUUUCUUUCUUUUUUUUUUUUUUUUAGAUGUUUAGCAAUUAUGUUUUUAAAACCUCUAACGAAUGUUAAUUGAUAGUUGAUUCAAACUCCUGAGAAUGUCUUGUGAGUGUGACACUACAGUCUUCAAGGUUCAACUGUUUAAAAAAAAAAAAUGUUCUUCCCUUUAUCGUGUCUGUAUGUGUUGGUUUUUCUUUUUAGCUGCUGUGUUGCAUGUGGAAAGACAGAAUGUUUACUACUCAAAAAUAUCGAACAUAGCGGCGUCCAGAGAGGGCUCGCUUUCUGCUCAGUGGGAGUCUGACCUCAUCUCAUGCAGCGGUUCUCUCAGACCCUCCCCCGGUACACCCACAGUGUCGAUAGGAAACAGGAGCGUGGCUCGUACUCGCCCUCUAGUAGGAUGCAUGUUAUGUUUCAUUCGUGUUGAGUCGCAUGAAAACUUAGGAAUGAAUAUUUGGGAUUCUGUUUAGACAACCAUCUGUGUGUGUUGGUGUGCAGCAGCGCCUGCUCGGAGCGCCGUGAACUUCCUGUGUGUAGGACUGAACAUCAUGUUACCGCAACAGGACUGAGACAAACUCAUCAAUACUCAGCAAACACAGAGGAAACUGUAGCAGGGCUGUUAGAGCCCUGUUGUACUUGACAGCAGAGCAGUCGGUGUCUGCGUACAGUCCAUGUGCUCCUAGAUUUUGCAGAUCAUGACUAAGGGGUUCACCCAUAAAUACCCAUGCAGGUCUGUGAGGUCCUAGAGCCCCUCCCUGCUCAGACCGGCCCUCUCCUCACUGGGCGACUGUGCACUGAACUAGGUUAACAGAUACACUGACAGAUACAGAUACAUUUCGUCCCUCCUGACAGGCUCUUGUUAGAAAAGACCCACCCUGUUGAAGUGUGGCAACCAAUCAGAAUUGACACAUUCCAACCUUCGACCAUGACAUUGUGAUUUUUGUGACAUUGGGACCACGCUAACCACUGCCCCCGCCAUGCGCCACCACUCGUCUAGGACAGGGUAGCCCCAACCCAGCUCGUCUUCCCCCCCAGUAACGUCCUUCCCGUCCAGAAGUGUCUCCAGACCAGGUGGAAUGUAAUAAUCCCUGCAGUGUCUUCUAACAGCAGCCGGGCGUGUCCUCCCAGAUGUGCGUGCGCAGAACACGUCCACAAGGGGGCGCCCUGAUCGGGCGGUAAACCGCAUCAGCGCAAAGGAGCAGCAGGUCUCCUCCGAGCUCUUCCUGCAUGUCUGAGCUCCUCACCCUGCCUGCAAGGCUGAGCCCAGACGCUCUGCAGAGGAAAACUCAUUUCAGCUGCCUGUAUCCGCAAUCUCAGAGGCUGUAGGUGAGGUUACAGGUCAGUUCUGUACACUGUCCUCAUUACUGCAGAAACUCAAGCUUACCCCUGCUGUUGAAUUUCAAUGAGUCGGAUUGAUGUCAAAGCCUAACAGGAGCUUUUCUUCUUCUGUUAUUAUCCUCGAGAUUCUCGACUUCUCCGCACAUCUCUGUACAUUCUCGGGAUUAACAAGUUUUCACUAAAGUUUGCAAGUUUGUUCAGCCUAGAUCAAGUUCACAUCUCACAAGUCCCCACCCACCUCUCAAAUUUGAUCCAUGUUGAGUCUGAAUGUGCAGCAACACAGGAAGGACCAUAGUAUCGAUGAGUCUAUUUGUGUCAGUGCAGGUGUGUUCAGUUUAACAGACAGGAAGUGAAUGUCUCUCUGAACGGGGUCUGGAUUGUCGGUCUGUGUUGAAGACAAAUCUUAGUUCCACUUCUGAUUUCUGUUUCCCUUGUUUGUCAGAUUUUAUGAGCAGAGAAUAAAUCAGCUGUCAGUGACAUCCCGCAGCCAGCAGCAGAGGAGGUGUUCGGUCAUCAUCAUCCCUCUCUUGCUCUGCUGUGUUUGAUUAACAGACGUCAGUGUGUGGCGGCCACGCUGAGGUUUUACGUAGAGAUAAAUCCACUGUGUGUCCCUGCUGCCGCUCAGCACUUCCUGCCUGCCGUUGUCCGCAGAUUACUGUCUUAAAAGAAGAAGGAAUCAUCCUCCAAUCAGAAGCAGCGAUGUGUCUAAUCCCCUCUCUUAGUCUGACUAGCAGCCAUCAACCGAUCUAUGAACUAGGACACGUUAUUGAAGUAAUGUGCUACUACUGCCAUAUUUCCAACUUUUUGUCAUGACUAGGUUCUUCCUCUCCCCUCUGAUGAGCUUUUUCUAUGUAACUCAGAGCCAUAUUUUAUAGGUUGUCUGUAUUGUUUUUUAUCUCAUUGUUAUUGAGGUUUCCUUUGGACUUUCUCACCCUUGAAACCGCCCCAUCCCCCACCCCCCCCCCACUCCACCCCCACCGCCUCCCCUCCCCUCCCCUCCCCUGGCCCUUUACUCCAAACAUGACCAAAAAGCAAGGAGAAAAUCUUCAGUCGUCACUGCCGAACCAAGUUUAAAGGACCUCUACAAUGUUUACAUGAAAAGCGAGUGGGUGGCAGUUCGCCUGCGCUUCUCUCAUCCGACCACUUCCCUUUCAUUCCCUUGCUUUCCUGAAUCUUAGAGUUACUAUUUAACUAAAUGGGGAAUCUUUCUUGCAUGGUUUUCAUAUAAAAUUCAAUGUUUUGCUCAUUUUUUUACAAUUCUUCUGUAUUUUUAUAUUAAGUACUUUUUAAUAUUUUGGAGAUAUAUGAAUAUAUAUGUAUAGGCUGAAGAGUUUGGUGACAGUACAGUACAUGAAUGAGAUGAAUCUACCGUGGACUCUGUCUUUUUACAGCUCUCUAAAUAUUUAUGCCACGUGUGUCGUCUUGGUCACCUGAUGUUAGGGCUCAGAAACCUGCAGUGACUUGUUUACUUCCUGUUGGCCGUUCAAUUGGAAUCUCAACAAUCUAGUCUCAUCAGCCCCCUUUUACAUGAGUAUAUCCACUUUAUCUAAGAUGUUGUGACACACUACACGCUAUGUGAUUUUCGCAGUUAUCCAACUCCAUUAGAGUUAAAGCAAAUGCAACGUGAAUACAGCUAACUGUAUCAAACAUUAAAUGGGAGUGUAUAAUUAUUUAUCCAACCUCUGGGUUUCUUUGUUUCUGUACUUUUAAGCUACUACAACUGAUUUCUUUGAAUGAGUGGAUUGAUGCUGUUUACCAACUGGCUGUUGUUGGAGCUGACGACUUUAAAGAGGAUCAAAGCUGUGUCCCACUUCAGGCUCCGCCUCCUGCACGUGGCCGUGUCCUAUGAAGACGUGUCCUCACCUCAGACAGAUCAAAACUGAGAAAGUAACCUGACGACCAGAGCAGAGCCGGCCCGAAUCAUUAAAUAAACCAAUGAGUUGUUUUGCCCCGCCCCUCCCAGCUUAGAGGUUUUUGUAAUGGACCCAUUAAAAAAAAACCUGCCUGGACCCAAUGUGUGUAAAUCAAGUUUUUUUGUUUAGUUUUUUUACACAGACCUGGGUGUUGUCUUUAUUUAUACUUGAUGCAGCGUCCUGUGCAAAGAGUGGCGUCAUUGCACCUUUUGCUCUGUCUACAAGGGAUCGUGGGGCGCAGUGAUGCGGCUCCCAGCUUGAGAUUAGGUUCAUUUCAAAAUGGAUGUGCUAAAAGUUAAACCGCCACAGGUACGCACUUGUUUAAGUUUUACUUCUUCACUGUAAAAAUACUGUGACGGAGAACAAAAGGGGCAUAAAAGCCUCGCCGUGCGUCCUGCAGAGGCCUUCACCACGUGUCCUGCUCCAGUAUAAACAGCAGCUUAAGGAUAAAAUGAUCUUAAUACCAUUGAACGUCUGUGGGCUCAGACUCAAAGACAGUUAGACCCGGUUAGUCCAAACAGGCCCCUACCCAGCGUGAUUAGACUGAAUGUAAUUUGUGCCUGACUGGGUCCCAGGUCAGAUCUUGGUUGUUAGUAGCCAAGACGUUCCUGGAGGGUGAGGAGGGGGUCGGGGGGGGGGUCUAAUCUUGACUAGGGCUCAAAAAAUGCUUAGGGCCGGCCCUGGACCACAGGUUGUGUCGUAUGAUUCGGGCCAAAGACAGACGCCACAGUUCUCAGCUUCAUUCCCGAUUUUUACUUUGGUCAUGAAAUUUGGACCAUUAAGGAGGCGGGGCCUGUGAUGGGACACAGCUGCGAUGUCAUCACCAUUUUAUACGACUGACGGCUUCAGAAACAUUUCAUCCCCCGCCGAGAGCAGGACUGGCAAAGUGCUCGUGACAUCACUUCCUCUUCCUGCCGUGUGUCCUUUAGCUGUAAACGAGACACACCUUCCCAACGAUGACAGCGUUUCCUCUUUGUUUUGUUUCUACUGCUGAACCUGACAGGACACCUGUGCUCCUGCAGUCAGUACGAUGUAAAUAUUGUCAUAUAAGUGAAUGAAGUGUACCUGCUUUCUGUGUCGCUGACAGGAAAUGGGAGAGGGGGCAAUCAGCCAAUCAUCGCCCAGCAAAGCUUUAAGAGUGUUCUGCCAAAGCCGUUUUCUUUUAUUUACUUCUUCUGCACAAGUGUGUUUAGUUUGCAGUCACAUGACCCCCCCCCCCCCCCCCCCCCCCGCACCCCUCAAACCCCCCCCACCCCCCCAACCUGGAUGAGAUUGUCCCUCUGCCUCAGUGUGGUGGUCGUCUGUUGGACUGGUUGCCCUCACGUCUCAUACCAGGUGCACGGUACAGUCCCACCAUCAGAGACGCUCCAGACCUGUUUGUGCUUCUGGUUUCAGCCACGUCACAAAUUAAAAAAAACAAAACAGUUGAGGACGAGACUCAGCAAUCGGACUGAAAAUCUCCACCUGGUUUUUAGUUUUUCUGAAGGCUCAUAUUUUUUUUGGAGAAUCUCAGAUCUCAGUUUGCCACAGUUUUCCUUUAGGACUUCAGUGUGGAGAAGGAACUCGCUUCUUAUCCAGCCAUUGUUGCAUUUUGACUGUGUUGCUUCCUCUUCAGAGCGCUGCCUUUCUCAGAACAGCUUCCUGUAGUUGGAUAUUAAAGGAAAUCUUUGGAGAACCUUCACAUCCACUUAAAAAUUCACAAAUAAAAAAAAUGGUUCAAACGAACUGGAAUAUUACAGAUGGAAAAGUCAUAACCACUCAACAUAUAUAUCUAUAUAUUUAUAUAAUGUAUCUAUGCAUUUAUAUCAAGUAUAUAUGUGUAUAUAUAUAUAUAUAUUUAUAUAUACAUAUAUAUUAGAUAUAAAUACAUAGAUAUAUAUAUAUAUAUGGUUUCUCAGUUGAACUUCAUUGCAAAAAAGACUGAAAAAGAUUUGUUUUCUGUAAUUACUAUGAUACACAGUAAUAGGCGUUGGUGUUAUUUUUGUAUAAACAUAAUAUCAUCUAUGUGGCAUGCAUGACAUAUAUACAAAAUUGGUGGUUUAAAGCAAUAUGUCCAACCUGGUGCGAUUGGUUCUGUCGUGUUCUGUGUAGCCUAAAGCCACUUGAAAAGAGAUAUAUAUAUAAAAAAAGAGUAACUGCAUUUGGAUAAAACUAACUGUUCAGUAUAUGUGUUCAAUGUUCUGUGUUCUGCAUGUUUUAGUAUGGAAUGAAACAUCCCAAAUGUUGACGUGUUUUCCAAAUGAAAUCUCAAACACUCGCCCCAGACACAUCACAACACAACACACAGACAGACACGUGUAUUUGCACUGAGGUGAAACACACUGAGGAAAUUAAAACUGUGUGACGUCAGACGGAUGGAUUUAAUGAAAGAUGAAGAUUCUUCUUUUUGUUUCCAUCAUCUCACUUAUCAAACUAAACAGUUUACAGAUCUGUCUGCUCAUCCACCUCCUGUCCAUCCACCACACACACACACACACACACAUGCACAAACACUCAGAUUUACAGACUCUCCUGAACUCAUCACCCACUCAUCUGUGCAGUGAGAGGAGGAGGGAGAGAUGACAGUUAACAGGCCUGAAACAUUCAGCAUGUGGUUCAGGUAGGCUUCUGCUCUGCAGGUGUCAUCAUCUCAUCACAUCCAUUGAUCCACUAUCCUCCUGCUUCCCUCCACCGGCGGGGUCGGUGGGGGGGGGGGGGGGGGGGGGGGUGUGUUACUCACCUGUUAAACGUCUGUGUCCAUGUUCGAGCCCGACCGAUAUAUCAGCCGAUUUUAUCUUUCUCAAGUUUAUUUUUCAACCGUAAAAAUGUUGCAACUAAGGAUUAUUCUUAAUAUCAAUUAAUCUGCUGUUUAUUCUGUUUCAUGUUUUUGAUUGAUCAAUAUAUUGUUUCAUCCAUAAAAUAUCAGAAAAUAGUGGAAAAUGCUUGUUAUAAUUUCCCAGCACCCAAGCUGACGUGUUCAGAUUCAGAGAUUUAGAGAUCAAAGGAUGUCACAUUGAUUAACUGUUAAAAUAGCUGCAGAUUAAUUGAUCAACAAUAAACUAAAUUACUAUUUUGACCAACCAUUUUACCAGUGGUUGAAUGUGCCUCUCCUUGCUGGUCAAAGCUCCAGACUCAUGGGAUCUCUAUGUUCACGUUUAUACUUUCCAUCGGUAUCAGUCGGGCUCCAGUUCACGUCAGUGUCAGUCUGAUGGUUGAGACCAGUCUUCUUGUUUGUUGUGAUGACCUCUGCUCCCAGUCUUUGUGCUCACCUGGAGACGACAGAAAACAAGAGGAUUUCAUAAAGCGUCAGACUGUCCGUUUUAAAUCCACGUUAACAAGAAAGAAAGAUAUAUUUAUAUAUAUAUUUUACACACCUGCUCAGACAUUUAUUUUUUAUCAGGUUGUAGAAACUGAAAUGUUGACAGCAUUAAAGUGGAGGUGGAUGUUGCUCUUUGUGCUCACGUUAAAGUGCACAGAGCAAGUAGAGAUGAAUAGUUUGGUAAAUCAGCCUGGAUUCUUGUUGAUUAUUUACUGUAUAUAUUUUCUGUCUAAAUGCUGUUUCAAAGCCUUCUCCAUGUUGCCACCAACACAUCUCUUGCGAGGACAUACUAAAUGAAUUAUUUUUGUAGUCAGAUUCACAUACUGUAGUCUAUAUGAGUCUAAAAGUACCAGCACUGUGCUACGUUCAUGUCAUACCAGAAUUACCAUAAUUACUAGUUUCCUAGUUCACGUAAACAUCCGAGUCGAAAUGACUCUGAUAAUGAGUCUGGCGCCAAAUUUCAUGGGAAAAUAAACAAAGAUGAGGAAGCUUCAUUUUAUCCAAUCUCCUUUGUUCAAGGUGAUUAAACCUAAAUUUAAUGGACAUAGUGUUUUAAUGCUGUGUUGUUAAUGUACAAGAAUAUUUUCAAAUGCUACCAUCCGUCCCAAAUGACAUGAAUGCAGCAUUGGUGUGUCGCUCCUCUUAUUGGAUGGAUUGACAUUAAAUUUGGCACAAACACUCGUGGUUGUCAGAGGACGAAUCCUAAUGACUUUGGUGAUCCUCAGUGUUUUCCUUCAGUUCACAUUUUGGGUUGUGAGUGAAACGUCUCAACAUCAACAUCAACAUGUCUCAACAACACACACUCAUGUCCCCCCUGUUAAUGAACUGUAACAGCCUUGAGGAUGCAUAUAGUGCCAUCAUCAGGUCAAGAUUUAAUUCAUCCAGUAUUUUGGUUUAUAAUCAAAUACCUGCAAAACGACAUUCCAAUCAGCCUCAGCUCACUUAGUUUGUCCAGGGCUAAUUAGCAGAUGUCAGCAUGCCAUCGAUAGCAUCUUCGCAUGUUGAACGCUCUGCUCGUUGCUGAAAUACAGAGGAUGUGACCUCAGUGUCUUCAGUUGUAUCUUGGGUCCUGUGUGGCUGAUUGUGAGCCUCAGCAGUGAUUUGUUUGUGAGCCAAAAUAAAAACUUCCUGUGCUUCCCUGUAUGUGUGUGUGUGUGUGUUGGUUUGUGUGUUUGCUGUGUGUGUGUGUGUGUGUGUGUGUGCUGUUGUUGGUGUCAGCCGGGCUGCUGGGUGCUCGGUGAGGGUGUGAUUCCUCAGUGUGUGUGUGUGUGUGUGUGUGUGUGUGUGUGUGUGUGGGUGGGUGUCACCUUCUCCCUCGUUCGCUCUCAUCCUGUCUGUCUCUAUCGAACAUCCUCCUCCUGUUUGCUUCGAUCUAUGCAACAGAAUCCUCCAGUUCGGCUCCAGUGGUUCAUUUGGUUUCUCACUUUCUCUCCCUCUCACUCUGUCUCCGUCUUUAUCUGCUUUUUAUUUUUCAGUUCCUUCUACAAACAGAACCACGAUACCUGUACAUUGAUGUAUGUGAGUGUGUGUGUGUGUGUGUGUGUGUGUGUGUGUGUGUGUGUGUGUGUGUGCGUGUGUGUGCGCGUAUGUACAACAGGUGCACACACACACAUGUUGUUUUCUUUACUCUUUUGUAAGAUAUGAUCAUGUGGAAUGCUUUGGUCUUAGUGUCAUGUCGUUUGAACUUAAGCUGAACAAAAGAUGAUAAUCAAGCAACUGAGUAAAAGUUGUUACAUAAGUAUAUAUAUAUAUAAUAUAUAAAUAUAUAUAAAUAUAUACAAAUCUAUAUACAUAAAAUAAAGCCAUUGGAAUUUGAAAUAAA